UCAAAGCCAUUUUCUUCUCUUCUCCCAGAUAUAUCAUCCAACCCUAACACAGAUCCUACACAACUUCGUUUUUGUUUUAACAUGUCAGCAGCGGCGGCCGCGGCGGCUGCAGCGGUGGUGGUGAGCCGUUCGAGCUCCAGCAACAGCAGCUCGAGCCCUGAGACCUACCACCACCUGCAGCAUCACCAAGCGUUCAUGGCGGCACCUUCGCUACCGGUGGCGCCUCAGCUGAGCCGUUACGAGUCGCAGAAGAGGAGGGACUGGAUCACUUUCGGGCAGUAUCUGAAGAACCACCGCCCGCCGCUGACGCUCUCCCGGUGCAGCGGGGCCCACGUGCUGGAGUUUCUGAGGUACUUAGACCAGUUCGGGAAGACCAAGGUCCAUGGGAGUGGCUGCCCUUUCUAUGGGCACCCUAACCCUCCGGCACCGUGUCCUUGCCCUCUGAAACAGGCGUGGGGGAGCCUGGACGCGCUCAUUGGACGGCUGAGGGCGGCGUUUGAGGAGAACGGUGGGCUGCCGGAGACAAACCCUUUCGGCGCACGCGCCGUGAGGCUGUACCUGAGGGAAGUGAGGGACACGCAGGCCAAGGCUAGAGGGAUUGCUUAUGAGAAGAAGAAGCGAAAGAAGUCACUGCCACCACAAGGAACACAACUGCUGCAGCAUGAGCAGCGAGGGCAACGUGGUAAUUUUGUUUCAGGUUACGGUGGUGCUGAGGCUGGAGCUGCGUUAGGAGUUGGAGGUGGCUCAGCUCAGCCAAAUGGGGUUAUGCUUGGUGGAGCUUCGUCUACUGCUGCAAGAGGAUCCAUGAUGCCGCUAUCGGUGUUGAACUGCUAAGCUACUUAGUACUGUCCUAUGAAUCACCUGCCUUUAUAUAUUCUGUGGUAAUUAGCCUUUAAAUUCUUAGCGGAGAAUGAAUAUUAGGUCUUUAAUUAGCUCUUGUUCAUGUUGUUUUUCUUAACUGAUUCUUGAUCAGUGGAACGUGAAAGGCAUUAUCAUAUGGCUAAGUAUGCAGAAGCUCUAAGUAAAAUCUAAGUAUUUCUUUUUUCUAUUUAGAUCAUUUGUUCGAAGAAAAAUGAACUUAUAAUUGAACAGUCAAGAGAGCUAGUUAGUUGAAAGGUAUGAAAUUCUGAUGCAUUGCAGCAUUGGCCUUCCCGAGCAAGUAAAGGAGCUACCUCGUUAACAAAAGGGAUUAAGGAAGGAAACAUGUAGAGCAAAAUAGAGAAGCCAUGAUUAUGGAAGCAAAUAGAAGUCCCUCCUGCAGAGCAUGGAACUUGGCAUGCUUUGGCCUUUAGAGAAGAGAUCGU